AAUAUACUGUGGCCAGACCGUUGUUAGCCAGUCCUGUCACUGGCGACGCUUUUGAGUGGUUAGGUUAGGUUAUACCAUGGAUAGAACUUUUGACAUAGCUUUAGAUAGCGUGUGUUCCCGGAGAAGCGCAGACGUGUCUUAACCUCUGUAGAACAUAUGUUGAUAGUCUGAUUAGCCUUAGAAGUGAUUAAUAAGUCGCAUUAAAAUAGUGAUUAAUUUAUUAAUCAUGACGUUUUAUAAGUCAAAAAAUACUAAACUAUUAAUUUGUGCGGCUGGUAUUUUCAUUUGUUACUUUUACUUUGGGAUACUUCAAGAAAAGAUAACUCGAGGACAUUAUGGGGAAGGCGAAAAUACAGAAAAAUUUACCUACAUGUUUGCGUUGGUAUUUGUCCAAUGCUUGGUCAAUUACGUAUUUGCCAAAAUCAUACUGUUAACAGUAAUGAAACAGGGUGAAGACUCCACUAGGACGAUAUAUUAUGCAGUUUGUUCCUUAACAUAUUUACUUGCUAUGGUCUGCAGUUAUAUGGCUUUACAGUUUGUAAGCUAUCCCACGCAAGUUGUUGGUAAAGCCGGAAAGCCAAUACCUGUGAUGAUACUUGGCGUUUUAUUAGGAAGAAAGGUUUAUCCGCUGAGAAAAUAUUUCUUCGUCAUACUGAUCGUUGUCGGCGUUGCUACCUUCAUGUAUAAGGACAAAGUAUCAAAUUCUACACAUACGGAGGGUCAAAUGGGCGUUGGAGAACUUUUGAUAGUUCUGUCAUUGGCAAUGGAUGGUUUAACUGGUGCGGUUCAAGAGAGAAUGCGGGCCGAACAUAAGAGUAAAUCAGGACAUAUGAUGCUCAGUAUGAACUUUUGGUCUGCUAUAAUCAGCGGUUCCGUAAUAUUUAUGUCGGGAGAGCUUGUUUCAUUUUUAGCAUUCUUGCAAAGAUAUCCAAGCUGUCUAUGGCAUAUUACAACAUUUUCUCUAGCAGGGGCGGCUGGGCAAUUUUUCAUAUUCUUAACUGUUGCAGAGUUUGGUCCUUUGCCCUGCUCUGUUAUGACAACAACAAGAAAAUUUUUUACUGUACUAGGUUCAGUUUUAUUGUUUGGCAACAAUUUGCUGCCCAGACAAUGGAUUGCUACAUUUAUUGUUUUCUCCGGAUUAUUUUUAGAUGCCAUGUAUGGCAAAUCCAAGACCAUGAUAAAGGAAACUACUGAAUAAAUUUCUUAGUACAAUCAGCAAUUUUUUUUUCAAAUUUCAAAUCAAUUGUAUAAUUUCCAAUUGAUUGAAAAGUUCUCAUCCAACUAUCUUUCUUAGGCAUACAUUCAUGAUAUAAAUUUUUAUGUGAAUGAAUUCAUAAUUUCUGUGCGUGAUUGUUUAUUCUAACGACCUUUACAAUGCCAGAAUGCGAUAUUUCUUUUGAAAUAUAUGGAUUAGUCCGAGUUAUUUUUAUAGCAUUCGAAUUUAUUAGAUACAUCUAGUAAUCAAGAUGCAAUAUCGAUUCCCAUUUAUGGAGAUACCGUCGCUGUUGGUGCUAUUGCUAGCAAAAAAAGUUCUUUAAUUAAUUAUAUUUUAGCCAAAUUCUUCGCGUCCGACAAUUUCUAUUUAUAAAUAUCAUUAAAAAAAUUAUUCCUCGACAUAGACUUCGACCUCACGAAACUGUAGAUAUGUAUUGUAUAUUGUAGCGAAAAUCAGGUAAUUACAUAUCUGUAAUCAUGCGUACUCCUUUGUUACUAUUUUCUCAUUAAUGAACCUGAAGAAAGUACCAUGUAUAACUGUAAGAUAAUAAAAACCGAAUAUUCAA